AUGUCAAGAGACAAAUACUCAGCCGAGGUCGACAAGAUCUGGAAAGAGCAUCUUACAGAUCAGCCUCCGCAGACUCCUCAACAAAUUAAAGCUGGUAAAGCACUCAUUGAGCUUUUCCUAGCCACGUUCGUGUACCAUGACUACGAUCGCACCCGUGAGCUGGUCUCUAAGGAUUACAUCCAGCACAAUCCCUCGCUUGGAACUGGAGUGGAUUCAAUCAUCGAGUUUGCCGAGAGAGAAACCAGAGAGCCCAACAGACCUUUCCAAUUCAACUGGAAGCGCAUUUUCGUGGACGGAAACUACGUGAUUGCCCACAAUCAUGUCGAGACUGGUGAUGGAACUGACGGCGUAAGAGUGGUUGAGAUACUUCGAUAUGAGAAUGGAGUUUUUACGGAGCACUGGGACACAGUCACCCCUGUUCCUCCUAAGUCAGAGUGGAAAAACCAGAAUGGAGUUUUCUAA